AUGUCUACCAUGAACUCUUUUGCGGUAUCGCGUGGCUACAAGGAUCCCAUGCGUCGCUCCAUCACCAUUGUUCCCAAAGCCCAAUGCCAGGGAGAAAAGCGGAUACCAACCCCGUACCCGUUCUCAGGGAUGUCGGCCCAGCUAAACAAGCACCGACACUGGCAGCGAAUCAAAAAUCACGCACACUGGCGCGUUCGUAAGCUGCGAUUAGCUGCUACCAUAACGAAGCCAAUUGAAGUAGAAUUUUCCAGCCUCUCACUCCAAGGUAGCACUGCGACUGAAACAAUCACGCCAGCUAUGGAGGUUGAUUAA